AUGGCUUAUAAAGUACCCUGCUGUGCGUGUAAUUCCUUUGAUAGUGCCAUGAUUCUUGGUUGCAUGAUUGUUGGGAUUUUAUGCUAUGGUGGAGUAGUUGCAGAAAUUCUUCUUGGAGGGCAAAGCCUUAAUUUCGUCUACUUGCUCUCCAACCCGAAUGGGACGAUGAAGCUUGGACAUUUUAUUUUUCUCUUUGGAACCUUGGUGCUGGUUUUGGCUCAAAUUUCGUCAUUUCACUCCCUAAGGCACAUUAACCUUGUUUCUUUAAUCCUUUGUCUUGCUUACGGCGCUUGUGCCACUGCUGCAGGUUCCAUCUACAUUGGAAAUUCCAAGAAUGCACCUAUUAGGGACUAUUCAAUCAACAGAGCUGAAGAACAUCGUAUUUCCAGUGCCUUUAAUGCUAUUUCAAUCAUCAUUACUACUUAUACGUGCGCCGUAUUGCCUGAGAUACAGGCAACUAUAGCACCUCCGGUGAAGGGAAAGAUGUUUGAAGGCCUAUGCCUCUGUUCUGGCGUUGUAGUGACAACAUUUUUCAAUGUACCAAUCUCGGGGUAUUGGUCAUUUGGUAAUCAGGCUAUGGCAAAAACAGUUCUUGCCAAUUUUAUGGGCGAUGACAAGUAUUUGUUGCCCAUUUGGUUUCUUUUGAUGACGAAAGUCUUCACUCUUUUGCAAGUAUCGGCUGUCUCUAUGGUUUGCUUACAACCGAUAAAUGAAAUCAUUGAGAAUAAGUUUUCAGACCCAAAUGUAGAUCAAUUCUCAAUCCGGAAUGUGGUGCCAAGGGUGAUAUUCAGGUCAACAGCAGCGAUCAUAGCUACAAUAUUUGCUACAGUUUUACCUUUCUUUGGAGAUAUCAUGGCAUUGUUGGGGGCCUUUGGAUGCAUCCCCCUAGGUUUGAUUCUGCCAAUGCUUUUCUACAAUUUGACUGUCAAGCCAUCAAAGCUUAGCCUAGUUUUUCUAGCAAACACAUCCAUAGUAGUCGUAAAUGCAUUGGCAAGACCACGAUGGGGGAAGUAUGUUGUUGGGCCACUUCAAUUUGGGAUAUGCUAUGUCGCUGUUAUUGCUGGUGUUCUUCUUGGAGGGCAGAGCCUUAAGUUCAUCUACUUACUGUCAAAUCCAAAUGGGACAAUGAAGCUUUACCUGUUUACAACCAUCUUCGGAGUCCUAAUGCUAUUCUUGGCCCAAAUUCCAUCCUUCCACUCCCUCAGGCAUAUCAAUCUUGUCUCUCUUUUCCUCGCUCUUGCGUAA